AUGGCGGGAUGUUCCUCUGCGUCAAUUUUAUGUUUCCUACUAUAUUGCGUCCUUACCACCAUCAACGCGUCGCCGCUUGUUCAAUCUCAGUACGCUUCGGCAGCCUCAGCCCAUCCCCAUCAGUAUAUCUUGAGCCCAGACUUCGAGAUUACCGACAAACCGAAAACACGUAAAUACACCUUUCAUGUCACCGAGAGCACAGCCGCUCUAGAUGGUUUCCUGCGACCGGUGUUGGCCAUCAAUGGGCAGAUACCAGGUCCCCUGAUCGAGGCGAAUGAAGGUGAUCAUUUGGAGAUCACCGUCGUAAAUCAAAUGUCGGUUGGAUUGACCUUACAUUGGCAUGGUAUCUAUCAGGCGAGUACCCAACUUCACAGUGUUACCCAAUGUCCCAUUCCUGCCGAUGGUGGAAGUUUCACGUAUACAUUUGAUUUACAUGGGCAUUCUCAUCACCAGAAUUUGAUGGCUGACGGGAUAAAUGGCCCAUUGAUCAUCCAUUCACCACGAGACCCACUUAAAAGGCAUGUUGAUUUUGAUCAGGACGUCGUGUUAAUCCUAGCGGAUUGGUAUCACAACACUUCGACCGAUAUUGUUGAGCACAUGCUUAGCGAGGCUGGUUACUUUGGCACCCCAGCAGCCCCCGGCCCUAACUCUGCACUGAUUAACGGUAUCGGCGAAUGGAAUUGCUCGCAAGCGAGUAAAGCACAGCAAUGCAAACAAAUAAAUCCCCCACCGGAAUUUACGUUCAAGGCCGGAGACAAGAUAAGAUUUCGCCUUAUAAACGCCGGCGUUCAUGCUAUGUUCUUCUACUCCGUCGAUGAGCACACCCUAAACGUAACAGAGGCUGAUGGGACCGGAGUAUAUGGCCCUCCUGCUCUCCAUCGUGUUUGGCUUCAUAACGGACAAAGGUAUUCGGUGGUUAUCAAAACAAAGAAAGAAGACGCUGGCAAAAGCUUCUACUUGAGAGCCACGAUGGAUUCGGAUUGUUGGGCGUGGGUUCCGGAUGACAUUCAGCUCACUGGUUUUGGAAUCCUCAGGCUGGUUGAUGAUGAGUCAAAAAUAAAGAAAAUAUCCCAAUCUCAAACUCGACCGCAGACAAAGGAUUGGCCAGAUGAAAUCUUGGGAGACUGUAUUGACCUUCCGACCAGUAGUCUGGUUCCAAUUUUGAAGGAAAGCGUCCCCAAUUCAGUAGUUGGUUCUGGAAGCUUCAAGGCUGGAUUUGGCUUUCAGUUUAUCAAUAAUACUGCACUACAUCUAACCCGUGCUCAAGCGGUCAAGUUAGCCCAAAAAGUCAAUGCUAGCAGCUUGUCUUUAACCACCAAUCCACGAACGGAAGAGCUCCAAACAACUAACGACACUGCCAGCUUUCUGAGAAACGGAACCGCUCGGACCUUACUCAACGCGCGAAGCAAAUCGGUGGAAGGGCUUUGGAACCUAGAUGAAUCUGAAUCACUGACUGCCUUGGCCAAAAGGCAAGUGUCAGUCGGUCAGAAGAAUCUACCGCCCGGGAAUAGAACAAACAUGCUAGGAAUCACCCGCACAGGAGGCCCUCCUCCUACGCCUGCGGGCACGAUCGGGAAAUUCUUUCUGAAUAAUAUCAGCUGGACGACAUAUCCAUACCGACCGGUGCUGCACGAUUUGACACCCGGAGGAGUGGGAGCUGUCAAUGGCUCUAACGUAGCAAACGUCAUAUAUCCUACCUCAGAAUGGUACGAUCUGUAUCUGGCCAACAUAGAUCCUGCAGGGAGUCAUCCUUACCACCUGCACGCGAUGGACAUGCAUAUCGUUGCCGAGGGGAAAGGCUUACCUACUCCCGAAAACCUUGCGAAGGUGUCCUAUAAUACGGCCAAUCCGCUCCGAAGAGAUACGAUUGUCGUACCCCCAGCUUCAUUCACAGUAAUUCGACUUCGCGCUGAUAUUCCGGGUGCUUGGAUCGUCCACUGUCACAUUGGAUGGCACAUAGCUGCUGGCUUCGCCGGUGUGGUAAUUGUACAGCCAGAUGUGAUCAAACAAUUCCAAAUUCCAAAGAAGAACCUGGAUCUCUGCGAGGCUCGAGUAGGACCACUAGAUACGAUCGAACCCGGAUUGUAG